UUUAUUUGUUCUCACUCGUUCACAUUUACUCACUUACCCAUGGCACAUACCUAUGUACAUAAAUCUAUAUUCAGAGAUAUCCACAAAUGAAUAUCUCUCUCCCCAUUGCAAAACAACGGCAACAAAAACGAAAACGGAAACCGGUGAGCAUGACAUUAGCAAACAACAAAUGUCUAUGGCCGUUAGUGUCUUUGUUUAUUCGAAUAAGAAAUGAAUGAACAACCGUUCGUUCGUACAUUCAAGGGUAGAACUUUUGUAGCCAUGGCAACUUUCCGAAGGAACAAGGAAUAGCAAUAUUCAGGACAAUGAAAGCAAAAGACGCAUUCAUUCAUAGUUUUCAUUCGAAAUGACGCUUUUAUUUGAUACCAAAGUUGAAUUUUUAGAUGCAGAUGCAGUGGGCACUAUAGGCUCUUGGCAUUCACGGGAACCGAUAUUUGCUGUGGCAUCAUACAGCCAAGAAAGAGGUGGAUCGGUAACCGUUUUUACUGAUACGGGAGAACCCCAGCGCGAUGUCACCUAUCCGGUACACCCCACCUCACAGUGCACGGCCAUGGCCUGGCAUCCCGAACGAAUACUUUUAGUAAGCUGUUGGGAAAACGGUGACAUUCAUGUGUGGUUCGAUGGUCAUCGUGAAUUUGCCAGUGUCAGUGGUCCACACAAGGCCGCCAUUAUCCUGGUUGAGUUUAGUGAACAGGGUGGUCGCAUGGUUACGGCCGAUACAAUGGGUCUGCUAACCGGUUGGCGUUGUGAUGGCCAAUAUCAAUUUCUUACAAUGUUUUCGCACGAUUUACGUGAUGUCCUUUCGUUGAUAACAUUUCGUCGCACCAUAUGCAGCGAAUUGCGUGAAGAGAUGGUAAAUUUGGCUAAAGCUGCAGUGGCCGGUGAUGAAAAUGCACUGGAUACAUUGACAAAUUGGAGGCCACGCACGGCGGUGCGUACCGCUACACACACCGAUAUCAAAGACAACUAUUGUUUUUUCGUCUGCACCCAGGUGGGUCAAAUGUAUUACAUUAAUCAGGGUGGAACAUGUACGGAAGCUCUCAACAACAAUUCCGUUCCCAUAACACAAAUGUUAUGGCAUCCAAAAAAAGAUGCUGUGAUAUGCCUAACGGAGGACAUGUCGGUGGUGUUGUUCUUGGUCGAAUCAACGGGUAUUUUAACGGAAUUGGAUCGUGUAAAGUUGAGCUGUAAACUUACCGGAAAGAAAGGAGCCAUAACAUGGGUCGGUUCUACACUGGCAAUAAUAACGGGAGAUUUAUCCGUGCGAAUCUGGGAUAUUGAAAAAAGCGACAAUUAUGUUUUGAAAAUGGAUUUGCCUGGUGCCAAGACUUCAUCUGUGGGCGACUAUCAGUCUUCUUCGUCGGCAUCGAACUUCUUUAGCCAGGAAAAUAGCAUUGAAAACAGUUUGAUGAUGAAUCAUACAAGUGGUGCCGUCAGACAUCUCAAGAGCAUGCCGCAUAAUUCCAAUGAAUACUUUACUUGCCUUACUUACAUCAAUGAUAAUCAGACUCUGAAUGCCGGUACAAAUCUGGGAAAUUUAUAUACAUGGAAACGUAAUGUGGGCUAUAAAUCCGCAGCACCUGAAGAUAUGUGGAAAUUGACAAAUAUUUCAUAUUUACGUGGAUCUAUUAAACAAUGCCUGUGGGGUUUCAAUGAAUUGGCGAAACCGUGUCUGUUAGUCAACUGUGUGUCCAAUGUGUAUGUGCUGAAGGAACAACCUUUGAUUUCAGUUCACAGUCGAGAAAUUUGGGCAAUCCAACAGAGUGCCAGAAAUAUUCUUCUUGAAUAUCACGACAAACGAAGUUGUACUGUACAGGCGGAAUUUUGUGUUACAUCACUGGCCCUUGAUGUGGCCAAUAUGGCAUUGAGUAAUGGCCGCAGCAUUUCCACAUAUAUCAUAGACAAGGAGAAGUCGGAGGCAACGGAUGCCACUUCAUCCAGCGACAGCAUCAAAACCGAAAAUAAUUCCAAUCAACUUGUUGUGACGUUGUUGCAAACCUUUAAUGCCGAUUGUUUGGCACUGGGAUUGCGUCAGCAAAAUGUCUUUUGUCUCACAACCAAUGAUGUGACAAUUUACUCAAUAGGUGGCGUCGUACUGCACAAAGUGAUCGCCAGCACCACAGAAGGUAAAAUUAUUGGCAUGGAUUUAACGUCUACAUAUUUGUCCAUUUUCACAAUGAAUGGUUAUAUAAAAUGCUAUGAUGUGUCACGUCAUGACCCCAGGAUUUUGUUCCCCGCCAAAUCGGCCUAUGAUAUAUUUGAGGAUUUUGGAGAAGUUAUUUUGGUUAAAUGCAACUCGGAUGGGACGCAUUUGUCGAUUCUAAUUGCCAAUCGUAGUUUCGUUCCCCAACCCACCCUCUAUUGUUGGGAUUUUGAAAGGAAUAAUUUAAUGGAGUUUGAUUUGCGCAAAGAUGGCAUGGAUAAGUCAGAGCAGUUGGAGUCCUGCAUGCCGGUUUCAUUGUGGUGGGAUUCAGAUGAACCUAGAUUGCUGGCAAUGGAAAUAAAAUCUAUGAAGCAACAGCAAAACAAUGAGAAACAACGUGCUAAACUGAAUGAUAAUGUGGGGGGCAGCCAUCAAUAUGUUGAGGCAGCUGUUUGGGUUUUCUUUUAUUCGGACAGUAAUAAAUUGAGUGUGUUGGAAACCAAGGAUUUAACACCCGGGGAGCAGCUUGUCAACAUAUGUAUCCCUUGUGUGAUAACUCUGGACAUAAACCUUAUACGAGAGACUCCAUUGCGCGACUUUAGUGAUUUAAAGGAUUGCGAUGCUUCAACGCGCAAAAUGGUUUUGAAUUUUAGUAUGCAUGUGGCCGAGGGUAAUAUGGAUUUAGCCUAUCGCAGCAUUAGAUCCAUACAAUCGAAAGCCGUUUGGUCUAAUUUGGCUAAAAUGUGCAUUGAAAGCCAACGCUUGGAUGUUGCUAAAGUUUGUCUGGGUCAUUUGGGCCAGGCCCGUUCUGUGCGGGCCAUACGCGAAGCCAUGGAAAAUGAUGAUUUAGAAAUAGAAGCUAAAACUGCUGUACUUGCUACUGAAUUGAAUAUGCCCGAGAAGGCUCAAGAACUGUUGGAGAAAUGCGGAAGGUAUGAUCUGUUGAAUAAACAUUUUCGAGCCAUAGGAAAAAUGGAUGAGGCUUUGAAAAUUGCCGAAACCCAUGACCGUAUACAUUUAAAGAAUACCUAUUAUCACAAGGCCAAGGAGUUGGCCGAGCAGGGUGAUAUUGCAGGUGCAUUGGAAUAUUUUGAAAAGACCCAAAAUCCAGUGCAGAAUAUUACUCGUCUGCUAUUGGAUAAUCCCAUAGCAUUAAAGCGUUAUAUGCAGAAUACAACGGAUCCUAAUAUGCUGAAGUGGUGGGGUCAAUAUGUGGAAAGUUCUGGGGAUAUGGAUGGUGCCUUGGCGAUUUAUCAAAAAGCAGAUGAUUGGUACUCCCAGGUGAAAAUUUUAUGCUACCUGGGUAAAAUAUCCAAGGCCGAUGGGAUUGCCCGGCAAUCGGGUGAUCGUGCUGCCUGCUAUCACCUGGCGCGGCACUAUGAAAAUGUUGGCAAAUUCCAGGAUGCCAUUAUGUUCUAUACACGAGCCCAAACUUUCAGCAAUGCAAUACGUAUUUGCAAAGAAAACGAUUUCCAAGAUGAACUGUGGACCGUGGCCAGUUCAUCACGCAAUCGUGAUAAGGCUGUGGCUGCAGCCUAUUUCGAAGAAGUUGGUGCUUUCAAAAGAGCCGUAGAGCUAUAUCAUAGAGCGGGAAUGUUACACAAGGCUGUGGAUAUGGCAUUUGAAUCGGAACAACCUGACAUAUUGGAAGUUAUUGCCUCGGAACUGACAAUAGAUUCCGACCCAGAGUUAAUACAUCGUUGUGCUGAAUUCUUUAUGGGCGUUGAACAACACCAAAAAGCUGCUCAUUUGCUGGCCAAGACGAAACAGCUUAAAAAUGCCAUACAAAUAUGCGUUGAGAAAGGUGUUCCCAUCACUGAAGAUCUGGCAGAAAUGUUGACUCCCGUCAAGGGGGAAGUGGAGGAGGAUACCCGUAUUUAUAUUCUCUCACAGUUGGGAGAACUAUUACAGCAACAGGGUGAUUAUCAUACGGCCACGAAAAAGUUUACCCAGGCUGGAGAUAAAGUAAGAGCCAUGAAAAGUCUCUUGAAAUCGGGAAAUACCGAGAAAAUAAUAUUUUUUGCCAACAUGUCGCGGCAACAUGAAGUCUAUAUAAUGGCUGCUAAUUAUUUGCAAGCUCUCAACUGGCAGGAUGACAACAACAUUCUGAAACACAUUGUCACCUUUUACUCCAAGGGUCAGGCCUAUGAUUCAUUGGCAAACUUUUAUGCCAUCUGUGCACAAAUUGAAAUUGAUGAAUAUCACAACUAUGAGAAGGCCUUGAAGGCAAUGCAGGAGGCCCAUACCUGUUUGGGUAAAUUGGGUGGACACAGUCAACAAGCCAUUAAUAACUUACAAAGGACAAUGGCCGAUGUGAAGAGCAUCUUGGAUAUACAGAAUGCUUUGCAAAAUGGUGACAAUCAAAUGGCCAUUUCAGGGUGUCGUAAUAUGUUAAUAAAACCGGAAAUGCCACCCAUACGACAGUCGGAUAUAAUUGCCUUACUUAUACGUGCCCUAACAAAUACAAAACAAUAUAACGAGGCAGCCAAAGCAUUGAAAGAACUAAGUGUCAGAGAUCCUGGUUGGUGUUCAUCGGGUAUUUUGGAAAAGUCACUAAUACAAAAAAUAGCAAAGGAAUGCAAUUUGGAUUUCGAUUUGAUUUGGAAACCAAGUCAGUCUUAUGCCAUGGACAAUGAUAAUGACAGUGAUGAGGAAAUACAGGAAGUUUUACGUUAAUAUUUUUUGAUUACUUUUAAUAACUUGGGAAA